UUCGUUUCUUCUACCAUCUCCAUCUAGGGUUUGUAGUUCGUCCCCUUCCUGUUGCUCUCAAAUGACUACAUACAAAUCAAAAAUAGUUGAGGAAGCUUCUAAGGAUUUCCUGUGCGGUCUGUUGUUGGAUGAAAAUCAACCAAUUUUGGAGCGAUUCAGAGCUGUCGGCGUGAGCAGUCUCUGCGGCAGUCCUGGUGUCCUUGACACCUUCGUCAAAGCAAUGAGGGAUAAUUCAAGCAUUCUGGGACAUGAGGCCGCAAAAAAAUUGGGUCGAAUGCAAGAUUCUGAUGCUAUCCCCGCAUUACAAGCUGUUCUAGGCAAUCUUUCCUUGCAUCCCAUUGUUCACCUACAUGUAUCAUGCUUUUGAAUUUGGAUAAUGUCUAUUUCUGUGUUUUCUUACUCUGUUUAUUUAACAGGCUGCAGAAUCUCUUGGUAUUGACACACUAAAAGUGCAGCCCAAAUCGAAUAGUCCAAGGAAUGAAGCUCAAUUGAGGAAUUUUCAAAUCAAAUAGUCCAAAGAAUGAAGUCCAAAUUGGGCAAUUCAGGAUAAAGGCCCAGAGUUAUUAAUGAA